AUGGCAGACCACGAAGAUUCGCUGCAACCAUGGGUGACUGCGACCACCGCUUCAGUGACGGUGCUCGCCUUCGUCAUGGUCUGUCUGCGGCUUCUGGCCCGAUGGGAGAGGAAGCAAAAGUUGUGGUGGGAUGACUGGAUGAUUGUGUUCUCCAUGGGCUGGAACCUGGUCGUCGUCGGCUUCAUUUUCGCCAUGGUCAAAGAAGGCAUGGGCCUGCAUGCCGGCACAGCCGUCCCCAUCUCCAACCAGGUCAUGAUCGCCAAGUUCCUCGUCGUGGCUGAGAUUCUCUAUGUCUUCAAUCUGGUCUGGACCAAACUCAGCAUUCUGCUGAUGUACUAUCGUAUCUUUCGUUUCCCCUACUUCAAGCGCUGGGCGUACAUCAUCGGCACCUUUGUCGUUCUUUGGGUCAUCUGCAUCACGUUUCUUUUUAUUUUCAUCUGUGUCCCUGUCCAGAAGCUGUGGUAUCCCAGUCUGCCGGGACACUGUAUCAACCAAGUCGGGACAUGGGUUGCCAAUGCGGCAUCGACCAUCCUGACCGAUCUGGCGAUUCUCUUUCUGCCGAUGCCGCAAGUCUGGAAACUGCAGCUGCGUCUAUCUGAGAAACUGGCCUUGACCUUUGCAUUCAGUCUGGGAUUCUUCGUUGUUUUUGCCUCGGCCUACCGGUUCAGCGUCCUCUUCUCGUACACCUCCGCCGACUCAUCCUACACACUCGCUCCGACCGUCGGCUGGACCGCCAUCGAAAUGUCGGCCGGCAUCGUCUCCGCGUGUCUUCCCACCCUCCGACCCGCCCUACAGGCCAUCGUCCGUAUACUCGGCAUCCGAGGCGCCUUGCCGGCGUUACUGCGCAGCCGAACAGUCCCCAUGUCCAAGACCGACCAGUCAAACCCCAGUCAGAACGGGUUGACGGCCCAGGGACACAAGGGCAGCGGCGUCGGUCACUCAUCGCAUAGCCGGCGUCAUUCCUUCUAUCAUCUCCCGGACGAGGCGGAUUCGGCGGGUGGACACCCCAUGACGUCGGAGCAGUUGGAUGCUUCCCUGCGCCCAGAGUAUGAUCACGGACAUAUGGUGACCAACGUAUUAGGCUCGAAGGGGAGGAACGUCGAUAGCGCGAGCGACGAGAUUCCUCUGCAUGGGAUCCGUGUACAAAAGGACUUUACGCAGGUCAAGGAGUGA